AUGCACCUCCUUUUUCUACUUGGGGCUAUUUCACUUAUAAUAGCCUCUGUUAUCGCUGAUCCAAUUUCGUCCGAGAUCCUAUACUGGCCAGUUGGGGCUCCGCAGCCCUCUGUUCUCGCACACGUCACUUACGACCCAGCAUCCUUGAAAUCCAACCUCGUCUCCUACCAUCCUCCCACAGAUACCCACCAGGAUGAUCUCAUUCGAGUCGGUCUCUACACAGUGACACCUACCAACCCUAAACAGUGGAGUGGAAGUUUGACGUCACUGUCCUCUUUGAUCGAUGAUAAGAACCAACUCACUUUCCGCCUUCAUCUGGGUCCGGCCAGCGAGGCUUAUCAUGUGUCUCUGGCUCUAUCUAUCAAUACUACAUCAGAUCCUCGGGUAGAGGCUGUGUAUAGCAUGCCUGGAACACAGCCGCAUUUGAAUCGACCUGUGGUCUUGAGCCCUGAUGGACAAGCUCCCGAGGAGCCACUGGAGAAGACCAUGCUCCAGAAGUAUUGGUGGGUACUUUUGAUUAUCGUCUUUCUCACCGUGUCCGGUGGUGGUGAUGAAAAGUAA